AUGAUGGUGACAUCUAUAUCAGCCUCUGAAGUCCCCCAAAACUGUCGGGCUCCUAAAAAUUCUAUUUUGAGGUUGGGGUUCCAAAUCUUGUGCAUUAUUGCAGUCUCCCAGAAGUCUCUCGACCAUUGGAAUGAUACAAGAAACAGUGAAUGGAAGGAACACGUCAAAAUGAUGGUCAAUCGCUUCCAGAACUCAAACGUCACUGCCGGUCUGGUACUUGCAACGGCUACUCUGUUCCUGUCGUCACCAGCUCCCAUGACUCAUUUGAUGGCGUAUGGCAAUUCAACCUCGUAUAUCCUCGGCAUGGUUUCAUUUGGUGCUGCGUUGCUCAGCGUGAUAUCCGGAGCCGCUGUCCUUGUUAUCUAUGAAACUAGCACUACUCACCAAGACAUGGAAACUCUCAAAACCAUGGCACGGCAUCAGGUUAUCUGUCUGCUGGUGUGGUUGGCAUGGCCCUCGAUCUGUCUGGCAGUCUCUACCUUCUUUUUGUUCAUAUCUAUAUUUAUCGCCUGCUUCUGGUCUGACAAUAUCAUUGUCAAUGUCAUAACCAUUUUGGGUUGUGUGGCCUUCCUUUCAAACGGAGUCCUUACGCUCUAUGUUUUCAGCGUUGUGGGCAAACAGCCAGAUCCCCUACUACAGGGUGCCAACGGACAUCAUCCGUAA